CGUCUUUAUCUCCCGAGCCGUGGCCAGAAAAAUGGCAACACUGUCAGGGAGUCCGAUAUUCGCGAUAUGAACUUCACGUCCUAAAGGGUUAAGGAGAGCAAGAAGUUAUAGGUUAAAUAUUUCCUCCCGGUAUCGCAGAAUUCACGUGUUUACCGUUUCUUGUUUAGUGUUUAAAAUAGUGCAGUGGUGUCAUAAGUCCUAAAGUGCCUAGUUUUUAAGUGUUUUUCAGUGCAAAUUCGGUGGAUUACUGUGUGAUAAGUGCAUAUUUCCAGAGGAAUCUUUGAAAUGCCUCGUCGGUGUUGUGUUACAGGUUGUAAGUCGAAUUACGACUCACAAAACAGGUAUGUGUCAGUAUUCAAAUUUCCAAAAGACCCCAAUUUGAAAAUAAAAUGGGUGGCUUCUAUACCUCGAAAAAAUUGGACUCCAUCUCAAAAUUCAGUAGUGUGUUCCCUUCAUUUCCAAGAAUGUGAAGUCAUUAGAUACGAUGAAUUCACACGUAAGGAUGGAACGAUUGGAAAGAACCUUUUGAAAUUUCCAAAAUUGAAAGAAAAUUCAGUUCCAUCAAUUUUUCCAAAUUUGCCUACAUACCUCUCGAAACCCUCUGUUCCUCCAAGGAAAAAUCCCGAGGAAAGGCGUCAAAAUCAUAUUAACCACCAAAAUCAAAUUAUUGCAGAGUUUGAAGCUCAAGACAUUAUUCAAAAUUUCAAUCAAUUGUUGAAUGAUUAUUCCAAUAAAUUAGACAUAGCAAAUUGGAUAGUUUAUAAAACAGAGAAUAAACUUUAUUUUUAUCAGUUGACAGUUCAGGAAAAUCAAGAGUCACUGGUAUUUAAAUCUCAAAUUUUAAUUGAUGAAAAGAUGGUGGUCCAAGUUUUUCUGGGUAGAAACAAGUUGUGUUUCAAUGAUUUAAGAUGGAUUCUCCCUUUCGAUAUGAAAUUGAAUAGAUGGUCCCAACUCGAGAAUAUUUUGUCUAGGUACAAAGAAAACUUAGAAGGCAAGGCUGCUGAAAAUUCUGUUGAAUCCUUCAAUAAUCUUUUAGAAAUUAUCUUAAAACAUUUAGACCAAGCGUUGACUGUAUCCUGCGAGAACAAUUUCCCUUAUUCCAAAAAUAUCGAAAUUUUAAUUGACCAGUUGAGACAAAUCAAUUCAAAAAAAAACAGAUAUUCGUCUUCAACGAUUAUUAUGUCCUUUAUGAUUCACACAACUUCCCAUUCUACGUAUGAACUUCUCAGGGGUUUCUUCAUUUUACCCCAUAGAAGAUAUUUACAGAGAAUUUCCUCCGAACUUAAUGUUUCUCCGAGUAACGAUAUAAAUAAUAAUAAUUACAUAUCAAAUAUGUCAUCAACCUUAACGCCUAGAGAAAAAGUUGUUGUUCUUUUGAUAGAUGAAAUUUAUAUAGCACCAAGAUUGGAAUACCGUUCCAAAAAUCUGAUCGGAUACGCUGCCAACAAAGACAGUUUGGCUAAAACUAUUUUAGCAUUUAUGAUUUCUUCAGCUUUUGGCAAUUUUCAUGAAAUUGUAAAAUUAGUACCUGUCAAUAGCAUAAGCGGAGUUGAAAUUAUUCCUUUCGCAACUAGUGUCAUCGAAUUAGUUCAAAAAUGUGGGUUCGAAAUUAUUUGUAUAGUCACUGAUAAUUGUAGAAUAAAUCAAACUAUGUUUAAAAAAUUGUCCAAUACAAAUUGUAUUCCAAAUCCUUUAGGAAAUGGCAAAACUAUAUUUCUGUCCUACGAUUUUGUUCAUGUAAUGAAGAACAUUCGCAACAACUGGUUCAAUUUGAAAAACUUAGACAAAACAUUUGUUUAUCCUGAUUUUGAAACAGGGCUCAUUAAGUACGCAAAAUUUAGUGAUUUGAAAAAAGUUUAUGAAGCUGAGAAACAUUCAUUUAUAAAGAAAGCCUAUAAAUUGAACUUUAAAACUUUAUUUCCAAAUAACUUUGAAAGGCAAAAGGUUUCAUUAGUAGAUAAUUUAUUUCAUGAUUCAACCAUAGCUGCUCUUAAAGAUUUUGGUUUCAAUGAUACUGCAGAUUUUCUGCAGUUGAUAAGAAAUUGGUGGGACGUGGUAAACAACACUAGCGUCAUUAAAGGCGUUAUUAGAAGGAAUGAAUUUUCAAAACCUAUUUCAGGUAUUGAUGAUUAUAGAGUCCAAUAUUUAGAAAAAUUUGUUUCAUGGAUAAAUAAAUGGCAUGAUCUAGAUUCAAAUGGCCAUCUCACAAACGACACUCAUAAAGCUUUCUUUCAGUGUACGUCUACACUUUUGGACAUAGUUAAGUAUAGUUUUGCUGUUUACAAUAUUGAAUAUUUUUUGCCGGGUAAAUUCACCACUGAAAAACUUGAGAAGCGUUUUGGCAAUUAUAGACUUCUGAGUGGUUGUAAUUAUAAUGUAUCUUUAGAUGAAGUUUUGAAUGCCGAAAAGAAAAUUCGUGUGAAGCGUAUAUUUAAAUCAACUGGAUCAACUUUUUCUCUUGACGAUAUAAAGAAAAAAUUUUUUUUUGAAAAUAACGAUUCAUCCACUUUUACUUUUGACGAGGACACUUCUAAUAUUGAUGAAUUCACGGAUGUAUUGAAUUCAGAUUAUUUAAUCGAUUGCGCCGUUGAUGAAUCUGCCAAAAUUUACAUUGCAGGAUACGGAUCACACAGUGCUUUCAAAAAAUUAAAUUGUUCCAUUUGUUUAUCCUUGAUUGUCGAAGAGAAAGGAUUUCUGAUUUAUGCAGACGACCUCAAAAUAUUCCUGAGGAUAAGAUCUAUUGAGGAUGCUGCUUUGCUUCAGAAGGACUUGGAUAGGUUCUGCCAAUACUGUAGAGAUAACUUUCUCUUCCUCAGCCUGAAUAAAUGUCAGCACGAGAUACUCCAAACAGGUCAGAUUGUAGGAGAAAAAAAAAAGGAGAGAAUAGGAGCAAUCGAAAAAAUGUUAUUGGGUUCACUUCCCUCGGAUUGGCUUUUUGCAACUGUGACCCCCAUCUACAAGAAAGGAGACAAGCUUUCCCCCGAUAACUAUCGCCCUAUAAGCCUGCUGUCAGCCGUUGCAAAGGUAAUGGAGAGGAUAAUUAGUGAAAAGCUUCUUGAAUUUUCUCUUUCCAAUGGUUUGAUUUCUGACGAGCAGCACGGUUUUGUUCCUGGACGCUCCACAACAACAAAUCUCCUAUCAUGCAUAUCCGACUGGACAAAAGCAAUGGACUCCGGUCAGCCAACGGACGUCAUAUAUCUUGAUUUCUCCAAAGCUUUUGACAGGGUCCCGCACAACCGUUUACUUGCAAAUUUGGAGCACAUUGGUGUUCGGGGAGAGCUACUCGUUUGGAUUAAAGCUUUCCUGACUGGCCGUUCGUACCGCGUUCGUGUUGGCAGUUCAUUCUCCUCAUCCGCUUGGCCGGUACUAUCUGGCGUCCCUCAAGGCUCCGUUUUGGGGCCUCUGCUCUUUCUUCUUUGCGCCUCCGAUCUUCCAUUCCGGUUCAAAUCCACCCUGUCACAGUUUGCCGACGACAUCAAACUUUACAAUAACCCCAUAGUAAAUCACGCUGAUCUUCAGACCGACUUGAACAUCUUGAAUAAAUGGUGCGAAGAAUGGUUGCUUCCCCUUAACACUAGUAAAUGCUUUGUACUUCACAUAGGCAAAAACAACCCUCGUUUGGGUUAUACAAUCAAUGCUGAAUAUCUGACUCCCGUAUCCCAGAUUGAAGACCUUGGCGUUACCAUUUCGGAAGAUCUCAGGGCUGUGAUGACCGAACUUUCGGGAUUAUUUUCAAGACACACGUCCGACCAACACUUGAGUACGCUGGUCCAGUUUGGUGGUGCUCCACGAAGGCCGCCAGCGAUAUUCUUGAGUCCACACAGCGAUGGGCCACUCGCGCUCAUUAUGGUCCAAUGCGACCCUCAUACGAACAGCGACUUUCUGCCAUGA